UUUUAUUUUAUCUUUUGCGGUUAAUUUUUACUGGUAACUCUUUAAUUAGCUUGUAGAUUUUAUUUUCUGGGGUAAUCCUUACAAUUUAUAGCCAUGUUUAGGAGCCUUUAACCUUCUAAAUUUGCAUCUGGGUGGCAAAAAUUUGAUGCUAUUUUAGCUUCUCAUGUGGUUUUGGUGUAUGUAUGUCAAAUUUUUCUAAUUGAAGUGCAGAAAAUAUGUAGUUGGAUAUCAGUAAGGAGUGAAGGUUUUGGUAAACUGGAAACCACUUGCUUAUUGAUAUGAGGUUGUUCAUAUCGAUGAGACGAUUGAAAAAAUAAAUAAAAUAGAUGAAACCAAGGGCGGAUGAGGAACUUUUUGAUCAAAAGAAGUAUCUUGAGGAUUCCUGCAAGCCUAAAUGUGUGAAGCCUCUAAUUGAAUAUGAGGCAUGUAUGAAGAGGAUUGAAGGUGAUGACUCUGGGGAAAAACACUGUACAGGGCAGUACUUUGACUACUUAUUUUGUGUUGAUAAAUGUGUUGCACCAAUGCUAUUCUCAAAACUCAAGUAAUUGGAAGGCUCUUCAGACAUCUGUCUGGUUUUAUUCCAAUGUUUAGUUGGCUUAUCUGAAGCAGCCUUUGAUUGAAUUGUAAUAAAAGAAAAUGUCUUGAAUUCAUAUGCAACAUGUUACAGUUCUUUCAUAAAUAAAAAUGGUUUAGAAAAAUGGUUGAUGAUGAAA